CCCAAACAGGAACUCGGGGCAAGAUGGCGGAAAGAUUUUCCAAAGGAGUUGUUUGAAACCUAAGUUACUGCUGAAGCGAUCAUGUUCAGUGGAACUGGACAAGAUGUCGACGAAACUGUUGAACGAAGAGAUGGGAAGAAGGAGAAAGACAAGGGAUACGUUGCUUUCUAUUCUGACGAUGACGAUGUCGGUGCUCAAGGGGAUGAUGAGAGUUUGACUUCUUCAAGUGCUAGUAUAAGAUUAAAGAGCAAGAAGAGCAAAAAGGAAAAAUCGGUGAAGAAAGAAUCCAAAAAGAAAAGCAAAAUUAAGAAACAAGAGAAAGGAAAAGUGGAAAAAGAAUCGAAAGAAAAAGUCAAAGAAAAAAAGAAGGACAAGAAGAAUGAACUGCCAAAGCAACAGCAAGCACUACCAGUGUUUGGAGUGUCAAUAGAAGAAGCAGUACAGCGAAGCAUUCAAGCUGACGGAGUGGAGAUACCUCGUAUCAUUCGAGAAUGUAUCAUGCAAAUUGAGGACAAAGGUUUAUCCCAAGAAGGCAUUUACCGUUUGUCUGGUGUGAAGUCAAAGAUUGAAACUUUAAAAGAAAUUUACAAUCAAGGAAAAAUUGUAGACCUUGAUGACUUUGAACCAAAUAUUUUAGCUGGGCUGAUCAAGUUAUUCAUACGAGAGUUAACAGACUCCAUUCUUCCUGAGGAAAUUGGUCAAAGAUUUGAGGAAGCGGCAGCCAUACCAAGUCGACAAGAGAAAAUCAAUCAAUUUAGGAACUUAAUUCUUGAACUACCUUCACCAAACAGAACUUUACUGUCAUGGCUGAUGGUUCACAUGCUACAUGUUUUGCAAAAGGGGUCGGAGAACAAAAUGUCUAUCCAGAGCGUUGGUAUUGUAUUGCAUCCAACAACUGGAAUAGCUCAGUCUGUUUUGAAUAUUUUUUUGAACAAUAUAGCAAAUUUAUUUGGAGAUACUCAGUUAACUAGGUACGAACAUACUGUUAAACCAGAAGUCGAUAUCUCAAGUUUAUCAACUCCAGAGGAAAUUGCUGCUGAACUAACGCGUCAGGAGGAGAUUCUAGCGAAACUUCACGAGAACAUGAAAAAAGGAACUCCGGAAGAGACUGAGGAUAAAGAUGAGGAACUCUGGGAAGUUCAACGGAAAGUUACAAUGUUGAAAAGAAAGUUACGUUUGGCAGAACGUAAACGAGACGCAGAAGUUGUGGAAGAACAGAAAAAGCAAGAAGAGAAUAAACCUGCACCGCAGGAGGAUGAAGAGGAAGAAACUUUAAAACGUUUGGAGCAUGAGGAGAUGGAAUUACGCUUUGAAGAAGAGGAAUUGCUUGAAGUCAGAGAACAACUCGAAAAGAGACUUCAAAAUGAAAAGAUUGAAAUAAAAAGACUCGAGGAAGAAAUAGCCGAGGUCUCGGAGGUGAAUCAGUCACGGGCGAGCACUUCAGGAGUAACUUCUGAUCAAAACUCAUCUUCAUCCGAUAAUAGUGAAAGUGAGGAAGACGAGAGCGAACUAGAGGACAUAAUGAACGAUCUUGUUCAGAAUAACAAAGAACUUGAGGAGGAAAAUAAGAAGCUGUCGAAACAGAUUAACGACGAACAGGAAACAUGCGUUGAACUUAAAGUUCAGAUAAGAAUGAUAACAGCCACUCAAAAAGGGGAGACCGAGAAACUUUCGUGACCUGAGAACGAGCUUGAAUUUCCACAAUUAAUCAUGGCUGAGACGCUUCAUCUCGACUAUUGAAAAUCAGUUAAACUUCUCAAUUCCUGAUUGUUUAUAGUUUUAUUUUUAUAUUUACAGGCACCGGGAAUAAGCGUUAGAAAACUAAGGCAUUAUUAACAUAAAACAUGAAAAAUUUCACUCGACACAAUGCUAAACAAUAUUUGAAUUGCAUAACUCCAUUUUUCGCAGGAAAUUAUUUUCCUGGGAUUUCCCACUUCCAGGAAAACUUAUGUUAUUCUCAAGUAAUUUUUCACAUCACAUAACUUUACCACGAUCAUAUUUAGUGGUGUUUCAAGGGUAAUUUUCUACACAUAAUUAUUUAUAUUUAAAUGGCUGCCAUCUUAUAGGAUUCCUGAAAUAAGUAAUUGUAAAUAGGUAGAAUUAACCAAAAAAUAUUGUUCACUAAGUGAAAUAAAGAAGAAAUACUUUCG